AUGCAGGCCCGAGCGGAGAUCAAAGGGUUGAAGGACGUGAAGUUCUCGGCCAACCAGCUGAUCUCGUGCACGCCGAACCCGAAGCAUUGCGGCGGCGAGGGCGGCUGCGAUGGAGCCACUGCCGAGCUCGCGUUCGAGUACGUGAUCAACAUGGGCCUGCUGCAGGCAAGCGAAUAUCGAGCCAAGGUGGGGAGCAACCAGAGCGCGAACCAGAGCGCGCUAUGCCCCAAGGACCUGAAGGUGUCCACCGAGGUGGCCAGCAGGGGCACCUUGGGCGCCGACGGAAGCGAGAUGCACCGCGUCAAGAAGAGCACGGCCGGCUACGCCAUUGGCCUCAAAGGGUGGACGAAGUUGGCCGAGAACAAGGAGGACAUCAUUGUGCGGGAGCUGAUGAACAAUGGCCCAGUGUACGUCGCGGUGGCCGCCGGUGACGGUUGGUUCGACUACAACUCGGGCGUCAUGACGGAGGAAGCAUGCGACAGGGACUUCAUCGUGAACCACGCGGUGGUCUUGUACGCCUGGGGCGUCAAGCAGAAGACCGUCCGCGGACCAGUCAAGUACUGGACGAUCAAGAACUCCUGGGGCCCGCAGUGGGGGGAGCAGGGCUCUGGCCGCUUCAUCAGGUCGGACAACGAGGAGAAGGUGUGCGGCUGGGACGAGGACCCCCAGCAGGGCUCGGGCUGCGACAACGGCGCCGAGAGGGUGUGGGUCUGCGGGUCCUGUGGCAUCCUCUACGACGUCGUGGCGCCGUACUUCUGA